AUGUUUGUAUGUCCGAUUUUUUCAUUACAAUUGUCCGCUUUUUUCAUUACAAUACUACAAAGUGUCCGCUUUUUGGACUACAAAUUGUCCGCUUCUUUCACUACAAUUGUGCGCUUUUUAGACUACAAAGUGUCCGCAUUUUUCACUACAAUUGUCCGCUUCUUUCACUACAAUUGUGCGCUUUUUAGACUACAAAUGUUUGUAGUCUUUGCCCUUUUCAUUACAAUGUUUGUAGUUGUCCGCAUUUUUCACUACAAUGAAAUGGCCCAAUUAGGAAAUAGUGCGGACAUCGUCAUGAACAGUGACAACACUAAGCUAGCCACUAACUCCAGUGGCCCAAAGAGCGUGGGAAACAGUUCCCAACCUAACUGCACACUGUGCCUGACAUUAGGAAAUGGCCCAAUUAGGAAAUACAUCACUUUGGUCAAAGCUAUUGGUAAAUAUAUGUAA